AUGUCUCAGAGCUCGAGAAAGCCUCAGCAUCCGUGUAUCGAUAAUCCGCAUCCGACGUCCAGCACUAGUCACGUCCGAUUUGUCUGUGAACAGAAGCAGUUCAGCCAUAAGGAUCCUUUACCUGCCGAUUUCCCGUAUAAGGUCGCGCGCGAUACUUCCAAUGGAGCCUCCACGAUACCAUAUUUGGAGUUUCGCGGUGAAGGGGACCCUCCAGCCGACGUGGGUACUCCAGGGGAUGUUUGGCUAGAUAUUCGACCUGGCCACUAUCAGCUCUGGGCGUGUGGUAGGACUGCAUGGGAGAUAUGGAGAGGACCCAACAAGUCGAAGAAGGACAUGCACCCACAUCCCCUCGUGACGGGUCGCUUUCUCUGGAUCACGCGCAAGUCCGUCUUAUGGUAUACGGCCGAUGGUAUUCGAAAGAAUGCGUCGAUGCAGGAGCGCGGCGAGGAGGACGACUACGGGCGCGAGAGGUUGCUCAAGGAAGGUCCCCAGCCUCAUGGCGGUGCUGGUCGCGACCUUGACAGCGCGAACCGUCGGCCAUUGCGAUCUGCUCCGGAGGCCAUCGAGAAGAUCCUGCAGUUUGAGGAAGAAGAGUCAAACGCCAACCCAUCACGUCGGAGAAAACGCGAAGAAAGAGAGAGCACACCGCCAAACGAGCGUCCUUCGAGCCGACGUCGUUCAGAGGAGCCAAUCAUCAAGGAGCCGGAACCGUCGCCCUUAUCGCUGAGCAAUGUCCCACUUCCGAGUGCGCAUGCGCCACAGAUCACGCCUUUCAUGCCGUCUCCCGCUCAGACGCAGCAGUCGCUGUAUCUACAGUCGAACAUCUUCCCUCAACAGCCCACAUCCUAUGGUUCAUCCUCAAGCCUGUCAAUGGCCCUCGAUGAUCCUAUCUCGCCCGGUAUACACUCGCAGCGAUUGACGGCCUCGAGUUCUCAGCCACGUCUCGCCCCUCGACCACCUCAGCUUCAGCAAACCCCACAACAGCACAGCGGUACACUGUGGCAACCCAUCUCGCAAAUGCCCGCAUCGCUUCAACCUUCUCAAGCCGCUUCCCCAUCCGGCUCAGGCCAAGGCCACAUGACAUCUCUGGCGUCUACCUCAUACCCGUCGCCUCAAAGUCAGAGUCAGAGUCAUAGCAGUCCGCUCGAUGGGAAUACGCACCAGAUGAUGCAGAUUACCCGUUUGAGUUCCGAGAACACACGCCUUUCGGAGGAGAAUGCUCGUCUGACGGCUGAGAUUCGGCGCUUGAAGGAGGAGCGUGAGCAGGAGCGUGCCUCCGGUGCUUCUCUUCUGCCGCACUCCGUACUAGCCCCUAUCGGCCAAGUCGUUCAAGAUUGCAUAUACCGCGGUCUGAACCAGCAACUACAGGACGAAAUGAAGAAACGUAAAGAGGCGGAGGAAAUCCUCUCGCAACUCCAACGUCAAGUUAAUCAGAUGAACCAUGUAUUCAAACUCGCUGCGCCGGCCCAGUCACUUAGUACUCCAGGCCCAAGCCCACGCUCCCGUCUCCCGGACGUCUAA